UAAUGUCAAUUGUACUUUCUCCUGUUUUUUCGUGGACUCCUAUCAGGCACUGUGCCCACCAGCCAUGAGAGCCAGGGGCUCACUCCCCAUAGGAGUCCAUCUCCUUCAUUCGUUCCUCGGUAAAGGAAGUGAUUGCCUCAACCAAUGGCAACCUGACCAUGAGCCUCCUCAAACUGCUCGACUGUUUCUUCAAGCCCUUUCUGCCUAUAGAGGUAUUGGCCUGAAUGGUGGGGCUGCAGCCCUCUUGCCCCUGAUUUCCUUCCUGGGCCACCUGAGGACCCUGAAUCCCAGGUCUAGCUUCCUGGAACAGGACUCAGAUUGGCUCAGUGUAGGCCAUGUGUUUCUCCAUUGUGCUGUAGAGAAACAAAGCCAUGACAUGUCCCACCCUACUUCCUUAGGCCAUCCAGUGCUGUCCCCAGGUUAGCCUAACGCUGUUCCCUCUGUCCCUAGGGCCUCAGGAAGAUGUUUCCUGAAAAGCUGAGUCGAAUCCCAGAGCUGAUAGAGCCCUGGUUCAUUUUCUCCCUGGUCUGGAGUGUGGGUGCCACAGGAGACAGCAACAGUCGCCUCAACUUCAGCCACUGGCUCAGGACCGAGAUGAUGAAGGAAAAUGUGAGAGGCAGCACCCCCAGGCCAGGUCACCCCGGUCCAAGAGAAGGCAAAUCUGCUGGGCCUCAUGAGCUGUGUUCCCUCCUGGCCCCUACAGAUGACUCUGCACUUCCCAGGAGAGGGACUGGUGUUUGAUUACAGGCUGGAGGACACUGGGAUCAGCAGCACUGAGGAUGAUGACGAAGAAGAGGAGGAGGGCAAGCAGGUUGCCUGGGUGAAGUGGAUGGACUCCUCAGCUUCGUUCACCCUGGUUCCAGAUACCAACUACUGCAACAUCAUCGUGCCCACCAUGGACACGGUGCAGAUGUCCUACCUGCUAGGCAUGCUGCUCACCAACCACAAGCCCGUGCUGUGUAUUGGGCCAGCAGGCACAGGGAAGACACUUACCAUCUCUGACAAGCUCCUCAAGAACCUGCCGCUGGAGUACAUCAGCCACUUCCUCACCUUCUCAGCCCGCACUUCAGCCAGCCAGACCCAGGACCUCAUCGAUAGCAAGCUGGAAAAGAGGCAGGGCACCAACCAUUCCUUCCUCAGCCCAGGGUGGAAAGGCAUGUUUAGACCACUGCUUGGUCGCAACUUCAUCUUCUUCAUCGAUGACCUGAACAUGCCAGCCCUGGAAACAUAUGGUGCACAGCCACCCAUUGAGCUGCUGCGCCAGUGGAUGGACCACGGUGACUAG